AUGGAUCAAAGUUUAGAUACAAACAUGAACAAAUCUUUAUCAUCAAAUUCAAAGUCGAAAUCUAUAUCUGAAAAUGAGUUUAAAUAUCAAAAUCAAGAAAAAUUUGAAGAAACACCAACAUGGGCUGCUGUGAUCACUGUUCUUGGUUAUGCAAUUCUUAGUGCACUUGGUUGGUUACGAGAUUUUCUACGUAAUAUAGGUUUAGAAAAGAAAAAAACUGCCAACGAUCCAAAUCCAAAAGAUUUUGUACCACUUUAUCAAAGUUAUGAAUGUUUUUAUACACGUAAUUUAUAUACACGUAUACGUGAUGUAUUUAAUCAACCCAUAGCUAGUGUUGCUGGAGCUAAAGUUCAUGUUAUGGAACGUCUUUCAGAUGAUUUUAAUUGGACAUUUAAAUUUAGUGGUAGAAAAAUUCCAUCAAUUAAUUUAGGUUCAUAUAAUUAUUUGGGUUUUGCUGAAAAUAAAGGUCCAUGUUCUGAACAAGCAAUAAAAUCUAUAGAAAAAUAUGGUGUUACAACCUGUAGUACACGUCAUGAAUUGGGUAAUCAACAAUAUAUGAAAGAACUUGAAUCUCUAAUGGCUGAAUAUUUAAAUGUGGAAGAUUGUAUUGCUUUUGGUAUGGGUUUUGCAACAAAUGCAUUAAAUAUUCCGGCAUUAGUUGGAAAAGGUGACUUAAUACUUAGUGACAAACUUAAUCAUGUUUCACUUAUACUUGGUGCUCGUUUAUCUGGAGCAACUGUUCGUACAUUUGAUCAUAAUGAUAUGGAAGAUUUGGAAUUACAAUUACGUAAAUCUAUUAUUCACGGCCAACCUCGAACAUGUCGACCAUGGAAAAAGAUUUUAAUCAUUGUUGAAGGCGUAUACAGUAUGGAAGGCUCAUUAUGUAAAUUACCAGAAAUAAUCGCACUAAAAAAAAAAUAUAAAGCUUAUUUAUAUGUUGAUGAAGCACAUUCAAUUGGUGCCAUUGGUCCACGUGGUCGUGGUGUUGUUGAUUAUUGGAAAGUUGAUCCUAAUGAUAUUGAUAUACAUAUGGGUACAUUUACGAAAAGCUUUGGAUCAGCUGGUGGUUAUAUUGCUGGAAAAAAGACAUUGAUUGAUCAUAUUCGUAUUCAUUCUCAUUCUGCAUGUUAUUCAUCGAGUAUGUCCGCACCUGUUGUUCUUCAAAUAAUAUCUGCAUUAAAUAUAAUUAUGGGUCGUGAUGGUACUAAUGAUGGUCAAAAACGCAUUCAACAAUUAGCUUGUAAUGUGCGAUAUUUUCGUCGACAACUUGUUGAUAUGGGUUUUAUUGUUUAUGGUAAUGAUAAUUCACCUGUUGUACCUGUUAUGAUUUUUAUGCCAGCUAAAAUAGCAGCUGUUAAUCGAGAAAUGUUAAAACGUGGUUGUGCUGUUGUUACUGUUGGUUUUCCAGCGACUCUAUUAACUGAAUCACGUGUACGCUUUUGUAUUUCAGCUGGUCAUACCAAAGAAAUGCUUGAUCAUGCAUUAAGAGCAAUGGAUGAAGUUGGUCAUCUUGUUUCUCUACGCUAUUCAAAACAAAAUCCACAUCGUCGUUGGAAUGAACUCAAUCGAGCUGAAUAUGACAAAGAAUAUUUAUCGUAA